UGGCAAGGGAAGGCAGGGGGGAAGGGACAGUCCGUCGCAGACCGCGUUAGGUUGCCGCCGCCGCUGCCGCCAUCGUGCCAGCCCCUCGGAGGGCAAGAUCAGGGAAUCUGGAACAGGAGGGGGUUCCACGUGGGACAACACCCCCAGCCAGCCUUGGAGGAUCUGGCCCGAAGUGAUGAGGCGGCUCCGGACACCCUCAGCCCCUGCCCUGGCCCUUCUCUCUAUCGGUGACCAGGCCCCAGCGUCGGUCUCAACGAGGCCGGGUGACGCUCCAGAAUGGGAGACAAGCCAAUUUGGGAGCAGAUUGGAUCCAGCUUCAUUCAACAUUACUACCAGUUAUUUGAUAACGACAGAACCCAACUAGGCGCAAUUUAUAUUGACGCUUCAUGCCUUACGUGGGAAGGACAGCAAUUCCAGGGGAAAACUGCCAUUGUGGAGAAAUUAUCUAGCCUUCCGUUCCAGAAAAUCCAGCAUAGCAUCACGGCACAAGACCAUCAGCCCACACCAGAUAGCUGCAUCAUCAGCAUGGUUGUGGGCCAGCUCAAGGCCGAUGAAGACCCCAUCAUGGGGUUCCACCAGAUGUUCCUAUUAAAGAACAUCAAUGAUGCUUGGGUUUGCACCAAUGACAUGUUCAGGCUUGCCCUGCACAACUUUGGCUGACCUCCUCCCAGCCAGGCACUCAUGCUGUUUCCUUCUCCCUCCUCUUCCCAAUACUAUUCACACUCCUCCAGAUGCUCCAAAUAUCAUACACAAAUGAGCAGGGCCACGGUGGGAGUGGGCGCAGUGCGCUGCUGCUACCACCGAGGUAUUGUGCAUGAUGUUUGGACACUAGGCUAGUUGCAUCUGACAGGAGAAGUUUGUGUUGUACCAGCGCAUGCCUUGGAAAGACUUAAGUAAUGCAAAAGGUUGUCUUUUUUUUUUUUUUUUAAAUCUACUGACAAGUUGCUCUAGUAACCCAAAGAAGUGAAGGAGAAAGCAGCUGCCUCACCGCCCAGAUAUUGAUUUGUUCAGAUGUUUCAAUGCCUCAUGAUACAAUAAAACCACGAAAAUUUUCUUAACAGUUUAAAUUGUUUUAAUUAGUUUAACAGUUGGCUGGCCAUCAAUAACUACCCUGCCGCAUUGGCUCUCUCAUGUCUUACUGUCCCACCUCUGCCCCAACUCAGCAAUACCUGUUGCAAGGAGAAAACACUGACUUCUCUCAGAAGUCCUGAAGGCACGGUGUUACCUCCAGGGCCCACCUGGUCUUGGGAAAGUGAGCUGCAGACUGGGAGAGCUCAGGUCUGGCCUGAAGCUUCCCUUGUAGUGAAGCCUCUGCAGUCAGUUCUGACACCUCCUUUGACCUCUCUACUGGGUCUCAUCAGGGCCCUAAUGAUGGGUGAAAUGACCCAGAAUCCCACUGGCCCAUUAGGUUCAGUCCCUUUCGACUGAGGGCUCAGCAAGACCAAGUGAGCAGAGGUUUGAGGGAUGAGGGGCCUGUUUUAUCUACAGAAGAGUCAGGAUCACAUCUAGUGUGCCCCAUAAAUCCCAGGCGAAGCAGAGGGCAGCCUAGAUGCUGUACCAGCUGCUUUGGAUAUCAUUGCCCAAAGGGGAGUGCCUUGAAUAGCCAGCCUCCAAUGCCUACAGAUCCAGGCCUAGUUGAGUUGGAGUAUAGAUUUAGAGCUGUAAAAGAACGCAAUCUGAGUUUGAGUGAUUCAGGUUCUAGGAUUUCUCACCUCUGAGACCUCUGCAAGGCAUCUCUAGGCCUCUUCCUAGUCCUUCCCUUACCACACACCCACCCACCCCUUCACAUUAUCUUCAAAUCCCAAGAAAUCUCUAAUAUUGAGGCAGUUUCUGCUCCUCAGUUUGGGGAACAGGACUUGCCUAAUACAAAUCUGGCCCUUUAGCCCUGAGACCUUGGUGGUGUAAAACUGGUAGCAGGGUAGCAACCACAGGCUAGGACCAAUCCAAGGACUUGGGCUGGUGUCCUGUAGGGGUUUUAGGAUUGGUGAGGGCACCACAGCUUUGCUUGACCUUGUACACCACCUCCCUCCCUCCUGCACUCUGGAUGGAAGCCAAGGACUUAACUCAGACCCCCACUCGUUGCCUGGCUACCCUGGGCACAGAGCUGGAUGGUGUGCUGUUUGGAAAGACAGCAUACUCAGGAGAUUUCAGUGAGACGAAUUUCUAGGCUGCUGUGUUAUUUGGGGGGUGGAGGAGGUUGGGGAGAGGCAGAAACCUGCUGCCUCUUAAACCACCCUGUAUAAAAUCGGCAAUACAGCUUCUUCCAUGUACCUGUGCCUGAAAUGUCUGCAAUAAAGAGGUGUUUAUAUUA